UAAUUCCCCGUGCAGGAUAAUAGGCUCUAAGGUGGCUGGUGAGAGAGGGAGCGAGAGGGGGGUGAGCCUGAGGGAGCCGCUCUCUCACUCCCAAACUUUGAUGAUGACCAUGACUACGAUGGCUGACGGGUUGGAAGCGCAGGACUCCUCCAAAUCUGCCUUCAUGGAGUUUGGGCAACAGCAGCAGCNCCCCCCCCCUCCCCCCCCUUUCCCUCCAGCUAGCAAUCAGCAAAAAACAACAGUGAUCGAGAAUGGGGAAAUCAGAUUCAAUGGAAAAGGGAAAAAGAUUCGGAAGCCACGAACCAUUUAUUCGAGCCUACAACUUCAAGCUUUAAAUCACCGCUUUCAGCAGACCCAGUACCUGGCACUUCCAGAGAGAGCUGAACUGGCAGCUUCAUUAGGACUUACUCAAACACAGGUGAAGAUCUGGUUUCAGAACAAACGCUCCAAGUUCAAGAAGCUGCUAAAGCAGGGAAGCAACCCCCACGAGAGCGACCCUCUGCCGGGCUCCGCCGCCCUGUCCCCGCGCUCGCCAGCCCUCCCUCCAGUCUGGGACGUUUCAGCUUCCACCAAGGGAGUCAAUAUGCCUCCCAACAGCUACAUGCCUGGGUAUUCUCACUGGUAUUCCUCUCCACAUCAAGACACAAUGCAGAGACCACAAAUGAUGUGAAUUGUCCAAGAGAAAUACUCUGUCCAGAAAUAAAGGAAGUAAGAGAGAGAGAAAAAAAGCCCAGU